GGAAGAAGGAAAUCAACUUUGUUCCGUGCGCUUGUAAUUUUUCAAAACUAUGUCAAAAAUCAAAUCGCACACGCAUCUGGCUGUUGUCGCUAUACCAUUUAAUGGAUCGCAAGUUAGGUUAUAUCAGAGCAUCGUUGUUAUUAGCUACAUGCUUUCUUUUACAUUGUUCAGACGUUCCAAAAUGUGAAACGGGCUUCAAGAAUUGUUGUCCAGAUUACAAAUGGAAUGUUGAAAGUCAACGUUGCGAAAAAUGUUUGCCGGGAUACCUUGGAAUCAACUGUAGUAUAAUGUGUCCCUAUCCUUAUUAUGGAGAAGGAUGUCAGGAAGAGUGUGACUGUGAGAGGGACUUGUGUAAUGUUUCCGUCGGUUGUAAGGACGUAACAACAGAGGAUUCUGAUGAAGAAGCCACCCCUUGUACAACAGAAACACAACCAGUCGCGAUACACCGAACCACUCAUUCUUCUGUAGACAGAACUACGAAGAAAUUGAACCCAGAAACAAGAAAUUCGGAGUCUCUCAACAUCAAUGAUGUUCUGCUUGUCCUUAUACUGGUGUUUGGUUCUGUGGAUUUUAUUCUAUGCUGUACUUACUUGGCUGUUGGGUUUUAUGAACGGAGGCAUACUGCAGCAGCACAUGUACACGAGAUUAGCGACACAACCGGAGAUUAUCGUGGAAACGAUACAUCGUACGAAAAUGUCGAGAUUAAUCUGCCAUCGACUUCAGGUGUAGGCGUGCGGGUCUCAAGCUCUGCAAUGCCAAUACUAGAACGUGCAUGUGACAUUUAGAUCCACAUACCCAAAGCCACCCCUUUGCAAUGUGCGAAACAAUAUUUUCCAUGUAAUUACAUUGAUUAAUUUAUAUAUCUAUUGUAUCUUAUUUGCAAUUUCAAUAGUAAUAUUUCGCUUUACAUGUAAUUAAACUCUUAAAUUACACUAGUUCAUUGCAU